AUGGGAGCGAAAGUGUUCUAUGCCAACGCCAUUGCUAAACUCCAGAAGAGAGGAUUUAUUGGUCCUGCAUACACUCUGGCAAAGAGUGUCAUGCCAAAGAUCUCAGAGACGGAGGCAGCAGCGUUGAACUCCGGCAGUGUUUGCUUCGACCGCGAGCUUUUUGAAGGAAACCCUUCGACCAAGAAGCUCAUGGAGAAGUACAAGAUCAAGAUCAGCCCGGAGGAGCAAGCCUUCAUUGAAAACGAGACCGAGGCCCUGUGUGAAAUGCUGGAUAGCCACCAGAUUGACAAGGACCAGAAUCUUCCCCCGGAGGUGUGGAAUUACAUCAGGGAGAACAAGUUCAUGGGUAUGAUCAUCCCAAAGAAAUACGGUGGUUUGGGUUUCAGCGGUCACGGCCAUGCUCGCGUUGUUGAGAAGAUUGCUGGAAGGAAUGGAGCUGCUGCUGUCACUGUCAUGGUGCCAAACUCCCUCGGUCCUGGUGAACUUUUGUACCAUUAUGGUACUCCCGAGCAGCAGAAUUUUUACCUUCCCCGACUUGCGCAUGGCAUUGACAUCCCAUGCUUUGGUCUUACUGGAGCACCCAACGGAUCUGAUGCAGCUGGCUCUAUGCAGGAUGAAGGCGUUGUUGUGCAGGAGAACGGUGUGCUCGGAAUGCGUGUAAGCUUCAGCAAACGCUACAUUACCUUGGCACCUGUCGCUACAGUGGUUGGACUCGCGUUCAAGUUGAGGGAUCCCAACAAGCUCCUCACGAAGGGCAAGGAGGGAAUCACAGUCGCGCUUCUUCCCACUGAGCCCAACCAGUUUGCUCCUGAAGGGAUCAAGGGGUUGAGAGUUGGAGCUCGCCACAACCCGCUCAACGCUGCUUUCAUGAACGGCACCGUCCAGGGCGACAACGUCUUCAUCCCGAUGUCCUGCGUCAUUGGAGGAGAAGCCAAGACUGGUUAUGGAUGGAACAUGCUCGUGGAAUGCCUCGGAGAGGGACGUGGUAUUUCUCUGCCUGCCAUGGCAGUUUCUAGCGGCCGUUUGUCAUGCCUUGCGGUCGGUGGAUACGCGCGAGUCCGAAAGCAAUUCAAGGUGCCAAUCGCCAAUAUGGAAGGCGUCCAGGAGAAGCUUGCAGUCAUCGCUAGGAACACGUAUCAGUGCGUUGCUGGCCAGCACUUGUUCGAUGCGAUCCUUGCUGAAGGAGACAAGCCCCCCGUGCUGUCUGCCAUCAUGAAGGCUUACUGCACUGAGCGAGGUCGAGAGGCUGUCAACGAGGCCAUGGACGUUAUUGGGGGCGCCGGAAUCAUCAAGGGACCAUCCAACUACUUGGCCACUGCCUACUGCGCUAUGCCGAUUGCUAUCACUGUGGAGGGAGCCAAUGCUUUGACUCGAUCUCUGAUCAUCUUCGGCCAGGGCCUGAACCGCUCCCAUCCCCACCUCCUCAAGCUGAUUGAGUCCAUCCAGAAGGGCGAUGACAUCAUCGGUUUCAACCAGGAGCUCAAGAACAUCAUUGUUCACGCCAUGAGCAACUUGGGCAGCAGCAUCUCUCGUGGACUUGCCGUCCAGUUCCAGCCCAAGGGAAAUGAUGUCGCCGGGUACUACGAAGCUCAGAUGAGCAGGCUCGCGGCAAACUUCGCCUUCUGCUCAGAUGUUGGAAUGACGAUGGGAGGAGGCCUGAAGACAGCAGAGUACAUCUCCGGGCGAUAUGCUGACAUUCUCAGCAACCUCUACAUUGGGUAUGCCUGCCUGUGGUACUAUCAGAACAACAAGAACGUCAAGGGGCUCAGCAAGGUUCUGGACAUCGCGAUGGCGGAUUGCUGCCACAAGAUCCAGGAGGCUUUCUUUGGGAUCUUCUCUAACUUCCCCAUCCCUGGCCUCGGGCCGAUGAUGCGGGUGCUGACGUUCCCCCGGGGCCGUGAGUACUUCCCGGCCAAGGACUCGUUGAGGAGGGACGUGUCGAACCUGAUCACCUGCCCAACUGAAGUUCGCGCUCUGCUCACUGACAACGUGUUUGUGUCCAAGAAGGAGAGCGACAGGGUCAACCAGAUCGCCAGGGCCGUGACGCUGGCGUUCGAUGCGGACAAGGUCUUGAGCGCGUGCCGCAAGGAGAAGCGCGAGCCGACGGAGGAGGAGCAGAAGCUCAUCAACGCGGCUGAGGAGCUGAGGGAGAAAAUCAUCCAGGUCGACACGUUCGAGACGAUCGGCAAGGACCACAGGGGAGAGUUCAUGAAGCCAUCGUGGACGGUGACCAAGUUGGAGAAGGCGGAGCAGUAG